AUGAAAGAAGAAAUGGACCGUGCCCAGGCAGAGCUCAAUGCCUUGAAGCGCACAGAGGAAGACUUGAAAAAAGGUCACCAAAAGCUUGAAGAGAUGGUAACUCGCCUAGACCAGGAAGUGGUAAGCAAACGAAAAGGCUUGCCAUAUGCCUUGUUUUUUUUUCCUUUCAAGCAAUUAAAAGCAUUGGGCUCAUGACUUCCCAUGUCUUUUCAAACCACAACAAAGCCUUUUUGGUUGCUCAAAGCAGCUGGAACAUUUCCUUCCUUGCAGUAGAUUCUGCUGCCUGUAGCUCUUGGCAUCCAUUGUGUGGUAGGUAAGGCAGUUAUAAGAAAUGAAAAAUUUAGCCCUUUUCUUUUUAGCCAUCUAUUCCUCACCACUGAUUCAUUAUUUGCAAGUGAGGAUAGUGGUCUUAAAACUGCAGAGACAUUACAAUUAUUUGUCCUGUGUCUAUGGUUAUUUACAAGGUUGAUAGCACAGUAAUGGUGAAAUUUUGAGAACCUCCAAAUAAGCAGUUAAAUGCUGUUCUCGUACAUAAAUACUCUUAAAGUGUUACGGAGCAAUCCUACUGAGGCAAAGAAACUGCCACACCCAAAGUCCUGCCGGCCUUAUGCUGGCAGGGCAGAAGGUGGUGGUGUAGCACCCAUCCUGGUUUUUUUCCUUUUGUAACUACCCUGUCCUUUGCCCACUCUGCCUACAGCCACGUUUUCCCGUCUAGUGCCAAAAGGACGGGAAACUGAGUACACCAGCUUCAGGACCAUGUACUCCCCCCCCCCCCCCCCGUUCCAGAGGUAUGUUAUGGGAACAGGAGAGUUUGGGAUUCAGUGGAUCCCAAGUUUCCCCAGGCAGACACCUUUUUUGCCAUUAUUGCCCUCAGAGCAGUGUGGGGGUAAUUUCUUCACAUGCAAUAGGAGAUGUUUAGGGUGUUGAUUAAAUAGGUAUCAAGGCAUCUUAAAACAAACCUAUAAUUUUUUUAAUUUUAGGCUGAAGUUGACAAGAACAUUGACCUCCUGAAAAAGAAAGACGAAGAGCUGAGUUCUGCCUUGGAAAAAAUGGAGAGUCAGUCAGAGAAUAAUGACAUAGACGAAGUUAUUGUUCCUACAGCGCCACUUUACAAACAAAUUCUGAACUUGUAUGCUGAGGAAAAUGCCAUUGAAGAUACCAUCUUUUACCUGGGUGAAGCAUUGAGACGUGGAGUUAUUGAUCUUGAUAUCUUUCUAAAGGUAAGUUUGAGUAAAUAUUCAAAGGUACGUUCAUGUAGUUUUUCUGGUCCACUGAAACCAAUAGUUGUGUUCCUAGUUCUUUAAUGCUUCUUCAAAUGUAGGGAAGAAGGGAGGGUUUUCAAGUGCAUUGGAUGGUACCAGGAAGAUAUAAGCCUGUAGUACAGAAUAACUUGUCUUCCCAUGAUGAGUUGGACCACUGUGUAUAUAUUCUUCUUGUAACAGGUCUGAGUGAGGCAUUUAAUGCACUGUCUGGUCAGGUUUUGUGGGAUCAGUUUCAGCUUUUGGGUCUUGAGGAUGUGCUUGUAGCUGUAUGGCCAACCAAAUGCCCUCUUUACCUUUUCCCAUUUUGGCUGAUUCAAGUUAUUGUGUGGGUGACUGCAUGUGUCUAGUAAACUGUUUUUGAAGCUUUGGUCUUCAGCUGUUGUUGGACUAGAAUUCCCAUCAUCCCUAGCUAGCAGUACCAGUUGUCAGGGAUUAUGGGAGUUGUAGUCCAACAACAGCUGGGGCCAAGUUUCAGAAACACUGGUAUAUGUUACAUGCACCAAUACACAAAGUUAAUUUAUAAGAAUCUAAAAAUGUCAAAAUUUACACCUUCGAAAUUAUUGGGACAUGCAGUCAAAGAGAAAAUGCCAAUCAAAAUGGUAUCUUACUUUUCAAGUUGUCUUUAAAUUCAAAAUCUGGACCUAAAUAUUCAUUUAUCAGUAACGAAGAUACCCUAUUGAAGCUGAUCAAAUUAAAAUGUUAUAGAUCGUGCUCAGAUGAUUUACCCUGGCCUGUUUUUUCUUUUCAGCAUGUCCGCCUCUUGUCUCGCAAGCAGUUUCAGCUGCGGGCACUUAUGCAGAAAGCAAGAAAAACGGCAGGACUCAGUGAUCUCUACUGA